GGACCCGGUCCAACCCACUGCGCCCCCCCAAAGAGAGGCAGGUAUAAAAGUGACAAGAGGACACUGUAUGGCACCGAAGCAAAGUGAGAGCAGAUAACCAUCAUCAUGACAAUGGGCAGGAUCACCUUCUACGAGGAGAGGAACUUCGGCGGUCGCUCCUAUGACAGCAGCAGCGACUGUGCCGACCUCACAUCCUACAUGAGCCACUGCUACUCCUGCAGGGUUCACAGUGGCUGCUUCAUGGUCUAUGACCGCGCCAAUUACAUGGGGAACCAGUACUUUCUGAGAAGGGGCGAAUAUCCUGACUGCAUGAGCAUGGGCAUGAGUGACUUCUUCAGGUCUUGUCGCAUGAUCCCAAUGCACAGAGGAUCCUACAGAAUGAGAAUCUAUGAGAGGGAGAACUUCGGAGGCCAGAUGUAUGAGAUGAUGGACGACUGCGACAAUAUCAUGGAUCGCUACCGCAUGUCCAACUGCAUGUCCUGCCACGUGAUGGAUGGCCACUGGCUCAUGUAUGAGCAGCCCCACUAUAGAGGAAGGAUGAUGUACUUCAGGCCUGGGGAGUACAGGAGCUUCAGUAACAUGGGGUGGGGAAGUGGCAUGAGGUUCAUGUCCACGAGACGUAUCAUGGAUUCAUGGUAUUAA